CGAACCGAGCGGGUGAGAGCGGAGACCGGGGACCGGGAAAAGGGAACUGGGAACUCGAGAACAGCGACUUACGCCCGGGGGAAGCCCAGUCUAUGGAGGGGGAAGAGCAGAGGUUGUGCUUGGGACAGGAUCUGGUGGGUGUCUCAAUCCACUCUGGAAUAACGAGUUCAGAUUCGCUCCAGAUUAACCAGCAUCGAAUUUGCUCCAGAUUAAAGUAUCUUACUGCCUGCGACUCUUCGUGUUAACGGGAUUGGCUGGGACAAGAGAGUGGGAUGGAUGACAUCUUCACCCAGUGUCGGGAAGGCAAUGCGGUUGCUGUCCGUCUAUGGCUGGACAACACAGAGAAUGACCUGAAUCAGGGGGAUGACCAUGGAUUCAGUCCCCUACACUGGGCGUGUCGUGAAGGCCGGUCCAACGUCGUUGACAUGUUGAUCAUGCGAGGAGCUCGUAUCAAUGUGAUGAACAGGGGCGAUGACACCCCCUUGCACCUAGCUGCCAGUCACGGCCACCGUGAUAUCGUUCAGAAGCUGAUCCAGUGUAAGGCAGACGUGUGCGCCGUGAACGAACAUGGGAACACACCAUUGCACUAUGCCUGCUUCUGGGGCCAUGACGAAGUGGCGGAGGACCUGGUGAGCAAUGGAGCUCUCGUCAGCAUCUGCAGUAAGUAUGGAGAGACCCCCCUGGACAAGGGGAAGGCACAUCUGCGUGAGCUGCUGAAGGAACGUGCAGAAAAGCUCGGCCAGAGUCUAACCAAAGUUCCCUACAAGGACACCUUUUGGAAAGGAACAACUCGUACUCGACCAAGAAAUGGAACACUGAACAAACACGCUGGCAUUGACUACAAACAGCUCACCCUGAACCAUAAACUCAACGAGAACCACUCAGGGGAGCUCUGGAAGGGCCGCUGGCAGGGUAACGACAUUGUGGUCAAGGUGUUGAAGGUGCGAGACUGGACCACACGCAAGAGCAGGGACUUCAACGAGGAAAACCCCAAACUCAGAAUAUUCUCACAUCCUAACGUGUUGCCGGUGCUGGGCGCCUGUCAGUCUCCUCCUGCUCCCCACCCCAUCAUUAUCACACACUGGAUGCCUUACGGAUCUCUCUACAACGUUCUGCACGAGGGAACAAACUUCGUGGUGGACCAGAGCCAGGCGGUGAAGUUUGCCCUGGACAUUGCCCGCGGCCUGGCCUUCCUGCACACCCUCGAGCCCCUUAUCCCCCGGCAGUAUGUCAAUAGCAAGAGCAUCAUGAUAGAUGAGGAUAUGACUGCCCGGAUCAGCAUGGCUGACGUCAAGUUCUCCUUCCAGUGUCCUGGCCGGAUGUAUGCUCCUGCGUGGGUCGCUCCAGAAGCCCUUCAGAAGAAGCCAGAGGAGAUAAACCGGAGGUCGGCAGACAUGUGGAGCUUCGCGAUUCUCUUGUGGGAGCUGGUCACCCGUGAAGUGCCCUUCGCUGAUCUCUCCAACAUGGAGAUUGGGAUGAAGGUGGCACUGGAAGGGCUGCGGCCCACCAUCCCGCCAGGGAUCUCCCCCCACGUCUGCAAGCUGAUGAAGAUCUGUAUGAACGAGGACCCGGCCAAGAGACCCAAGUUUGACAUGAUUGUGCCCAUCAUGGAGAAGAUGCAGGAGAAGUAAUGAGGGGAUGCCAUCAGGGAAGCCGCCCCCACUCCGUUCCCCUCCACCUUACAGCCCCAGAACCCUUACGCUGCCCCAUCGUCAGGCUCUGUCUUUAUCAAGGGGGUGUUGCCCGCUUGCCAUCACUGCAGCUCACUUCCCCCCACCCUAGGGCUGUCACAUCACCUCCCACGGAGAGCUGUCCACUCUGAACGUUAGCAGCCCGGCCACCAGACUCCACCCCAAUUGUCUAAAUCAUCGGCCUGGUCACUGUCAGUCUCACUGACCCCUGGGGGGGGGGGGGCGUUCACCCAAGGUUCCUGCUCCACUGGCCCAGUAGACCAGAGCAUGGUUGCAUUACUCCAUGGCCUCACUGCUAUGCCAUCGGUGCCCCUCCUUGCAAUGAUCAGCCCCCUUCAGCAGGAGUCAGAGGGGCAGCUCCUUGCCAUCAGGGGCUUGUGUCACUGGCAGUGUACCCUGAUCCUUCCCUACAUCUGAUGCCAUUCUUUGGCAAUAUAUCCAGUGCCUCCCCAAACCCACACCUAGUACCAUUUACCUGCAGUGUAUUUAGUGCCUCCCUAACCUCACAGCCAGUGCUAUUCACUGUAGUGUUUCCACUAUCUCUGGAACUCACAUUCAGUGUUAAUCACUGGCAAAGUAUCCAGUGCCUACCUCUGCCCCUUCAUCCAGUGCUAUUCACGGGCAGUGUAAUUCAGUGCCUACCAUUGUCUCCGUAUUGGUGCUAUUCACUGGCAGUGUUUCCAGUGCCUCCCCAGACCCAGUGCUAUUCACUGGCAGUGUUUUCCAGUGCCUCCCCAGACCCACACCCAAUGCUAUUCACUGGCAGUGUUUUCCAGUGCCCCCCCACCCACAUCCAGUGCUGUUCAGUGGCAGCUUGUCCAGUGCCUCAUGAAGCUACACCUAAUGCUAUUCACUGGCAGUGUAAUCCAGUGCCUACUGCUGGCCCCACAUCCGGCUGGUGCCCAUUACCACUGGGUGCCUGUCAGUGUUGGGGAGGGGGUGUUACACUGGCAUUUGGCUUCUUUACCCCCUCCGAGUGCCCAGCAUUCUCCUGACCUGAGCCCAGAGUUCCAGGAGCGAAGGUCGCUCUCCCGAUCCGGCCCUAACCCCAAAGUUCCAGGGGAGAAGUUUGGUGUCCCAGGUGGAGGGCCUACUCUCUCGGACACUCUCCAUUGGAUGGGGCCAGACUGCUUCCCCUCCCACUGAUGAUCACUGUGGUGUUUGUCCCCACAGCCCCUGUGCCUUGAGCGGGAUCUGGAGACCUCAUGCUGAUAUCCCUGUCCCUUGCUCUGUCUUCUCUAAUCCAUUGUUCUGAACUCACCGCUGUCCUCAAACAGAGCUUGCUGUCAUUUAUCUAAUUUAUAAACCACUUUUAUUUCCAAUUUCUUAUUGUAUCACUGCUGUUUUAUCGAAAAUAUAACGCGAUUUUGCAUUAAAGAGGAUAGAUU